AUGGAGCACGAGCACGCCGCGAGCUUGACAGCGCGUGCCAUCAAGAAGGCGCUGCCGGACCGCGCGAUCGUAACGCGAGAGGCACAACGGACGAUAAACUCGGCUACUAGUGUAUUUACGCUGUACUUGGCGUCCCUCGCGCACGAGAUGUCGUUGGCCAACAAGCGCAGUACCAUCACGUUGAAAGACGUGCUGCAGACGCUACGAGACGCCGAUUUCGAGCACUUUAUCGAGCCAAUUGAGGCGUGUGUACAAGAGACAAAGGCUGCGGCAGAUAGAAAGCGGAAGCUUCAGGAUACGAUUGAGAUGGAGGAUGGAGCUGAGACGACGAGUGAAGUGGCAGCAAAGCUCGAUGAAGUGGCGAUUGACACGAGCGACAAGGAGGAAGACGAGAUGUCGGUGGACGACACGUCGGAUGUUGAAGAUAACAGCGGUGAUGCAGAUACGAGCAAUGCGGUCAACGACGGGCAGGACAGAGCUACGGCUGAAGAAGAGCGUGGCAGUCAGACAGUGCAGAUGGAGGGUGAGGAAGAUGACUCAGCCGAGGCAAUGGAGCAAUCAUAG